GGCUGGCCGGGGCGGUGGCCGCCCGCCCGCCCUUCCGCCGCGGCACUGGCUGAGCCCGGCGGGGGGCGGUGCGACGGGGCAGGGGGUGUGGAGCCAGAGGACCCAGGCCUGGCCGGACGAGUCCGCUUAAGGGGCAGCCUUCCUGGUCGCUGGAGGAUUGAGCCGUGGGGCAGGAACGCCGUGGGGCGGCUCUGCGGGGAACGGCCCGCAAGAGUGUGUGAGGAGUAGCGGCUGGGAGCGGGAGCUUGUGUCGGGCUAUAAAGACAUUCUGUGUUACUGAAGGAAAGUGCUCCUAUCUGUGGAGUGACUUAUGAUGUCAAGAACUGUAUCAUCCUGGAUCUUAAGCUCAGCGAGAAACAGCUUUGUUUUACAAGGAAAAGGACGCUUGUACUCCAUCUGUAUCUCAAACAGAAACACAAUAAAAUGGAAGUUUGUUUUCUCCAAAGCACGUCUUUACCCUGUGGGGAGCUGCAGCUUAAACAGCACCUUCUCCUUAAAGAAAGCAUUCCGACACACUUCCACUGAAGAAGAACAAUUAUCUUUCCAGUUGUCUCCCUCACAAAUCAAUGAUAUACUCAGAGCUGGUGAAUUAUCACAUAAAAUACUGGAUUUGAAUAGUAAAAAUCCAAAUUCUGUGUUGAGAUUUGAAAGUAACCAGUUGGCAUCCAACAGCCCUAUUGAAGACCGCAGAAGUGCAGCCACUUGCUUGCAGACCAGAGGGAUGAUGUUUGGAGUCUUCGAUGGUCACGCAGGUUCUGCAUGUGCUCAGGCAGUAAGUGAGAGACUACUUCAUUAUAUAGCAGUUUCUCUCAUGUCUCGGCAAACCUUGGAAGAGAUCGAGCUUGCUGUGGAGUGCAUGAAACCGGUUCUGCCUAUUCUGCAGUGGCACAAACACCCAAAUGAUGUAGAGUAUCGAGAAAUAACUUCACAGUAUUUUGAAAACCUCCGGGUUUACUGGCAACACUUACUGGACCUAGACACUGAGCCAGGAUUUAGUUUAGAAGAGGCCAUGAUAUGUGCGUUCAAAAGAUUAGACUCAGACAUAUCUCUGGAAGUUCAGGCUCCCCAGGAAAAUGAAUUUAUGAGAAAUAUUGCCCUUCAAGUAGCUUUUUCUGGUGCAACAGCCUGUGUAGCUCACAUUGAUGGUGUUCACUUACAUGUUGCAAAUACAGGUGAUUGCAGAGCGGUUUUAGGGGUUCUUGAGGAAGACGGAACAUGGUCUACUCUCCCUCUAACCCGAGACCACAAUGCCUUUGAUGAAUUUGAAAUUAGAAGACUGAAGAGAGAACAUCCUAGAUCAGAGGAGAAAACUCUAUUUGUGAAUGACAGAUUGCUGGGGAUUCUCAUGCCCUCCAGAGCUUUUGGAGAUGUGCAACUAAAAUGGAGUAAAGAACUGCAGCACAGUGUUCUUGAGAAUAGCUGUGACAUUGAGGCUCUAAAUAUUUAUCAGUAUGUUCCUCCAAAUUACUAUACACCUCCUUAUUUAACUGCAGAACCUGAAGUCACAUACCACAAACUAAGAAGCAAAGACAAGUUUCUAGUUAUUGCUUCGGAUGGACUAUGGGAGAUGCUAAGUAAUGAGAAGGUUGUACAACUUGUUGCUGGACACCUUACUGAGCUUAAUGUGCAGAAACCACAACUGGCUUUUGAGAAGCCAGUUAAUUUGGGUUACAUGCACAGCUUGUUACUUCAAAGGAAAAACAGAGGCAUUGCCUCACUUGACCAGAACAUAGCGACUCACCUGAUAAGACAUGCCAUUGGGAGUAAUGAGUAUGGGGAGGUGGACCAAGAGAAACUGGCGGCAAUGCUGACAUUGCCUGAAGACCUUGCGAGAAUGUACAGAGAUGAUAUCACAGUUACUGUGGUGUAUUUUAAUUCAGAAACAAUUGCAAAUUGUGACAGAAAUGGUUAAUAGAAACUUGCACUGCUCUGUUCUCUACCACUAGCCAACUUCCAUACUGAGACAAGGUUACUGAUAGUCAAGCUGCUGCCAGUGUUAUAGUCUGAAGUUCCUACAGCUUUUUGUUACUUACUGGUCUUGAAAAAAAAACUUCCUAGAAGCGAGUUUGGUGGAAGUUCCCUGGGUUUCCAGAUCUGUAUACACAGAAUAAAAAUGUUUUGAUAGAAGUUCACUGAAAUAUAACUGAACUCAAGAUUGCUGUUCUGAUUCAUGGGAACCACUGGUAAAGCUUUUGAAAAGAACAAAUGAGGCAAAUUUCACUGAGACUGGUGCAACUUGAUAGAGACUGGUAAUGUCUGUAGCUGCAUGGACUGUAAGAAAGGCUCUGCUCUGGUGAAAACUGAGUAUCAUCCUAUUGAAGCACUGUAACUGAAUUAAAUAAAUAAACUACCAAACCUUUAUUUGA